UCUAGGACUGUUAUGCGUAUACCUCUGAUAUUUAUCAACGGACUGGUGAUUACAAAAAAGCUAUUGCUGGGAUAGAAAUACAACACAUUUACACAACUUAGAAAAGGAAAUAUUAGUAUUAAAAACUAAUAAGAUGAACUCUACUUCGGUUUCUCUUUUUUUGGACUCCGAAUCCAAACCGGACACUAUUAUGAACAGUUUAAAUCUCAUAAUGAUAAUACUGGCUCCAUACGGGUCCCUGAUAGCGCCAACCCUGGCGCUUAUAACAAUGCUAACCCUUGCAUUUCUCGAAAUCAAAGUGAAAUUAGAAUCCCGCGCUCUUCAAAUUCUUCUCAAUAAAGACUCUCGCGUGAAACGACGAGUGCUUGUGAUAAACUUCGCGCAGAUAUUAUUGUUGUUGACCACGGUUCAGCUAGGACUGGUUAGUCCGGAGCUACAGGCUGUAUCAUUGUAUAUUCUGGGAGUCAAGUGUAUCCAGACCAACCUAGAACUGGUUAAACAAGAUGCUGGGGGUCUCCUCUCUACCUGGAUAUAUGUCUUCAUGGUCAAAUCAUCAUCAACAGUAUGUAUCAUAGGUGAAGUUGACAGUAUUGUGUUCUACUUGAGCACUCAAUUACUCCCUGCCAUUCUCUCAUCUGUUCUUCUUCUCAUCCUACCUCUAUCCAUCCCUAUCCUCCUCUCAUUCUUCAUCCUUAGUUCAGUUUGGUUUCUUCUCCGUCUGAUUGUCCUGGUUAGAAGAAAGUUUCCGGAAGAUUUUGAUUUCUUCGUUACCAUUGCCAUCGCUAUCCUAGCCUGGAAAAUUAUGCAGAAAGAAGUGAUGCAGCGACAGGUGAAGGAACUUGUUUGUAUGUCCCUGGAGAAGUCAAGACCUCUGUAUGCAACUAGCUCUGGUCUACAGGAGAUACGAAGAUGGUGUAGUAAACCUCCUCUAUUAGGAAACAUUGUUCGAAUAGGAGAUAAAUCAGGAUAUUUUGGUAGCAUCGAGAACUUGACGUUGCCCGAGGAUUCCUCCUAUCCUGAGAUAUUUAUCAACCUUGCUUUCAACUUCAGGAUCAGGAUGAGUAUGAUUAUAUCCUCGCUACAAGUUUAUCAAGGCUGUAACCUCACUGUUACUAAACCUCCCAGGGAUGAAAGUGGAUACUUAACCUCUGCUCUGUAUCGUGUUUAUCUUCUUGCAACAUGGAUUCUACCAACUAAUCUACAGAGCCAUCUAGCGGUGUUCGGAUUUGACUCCUCUACCCUGGUUCUUCAGACACAGGCCAACUGCUCUCAUCUUGUCAAACAUCUUCUAGUGGAAAAAAUCACCUAAUAUUGCAUGUUUACGUAAUGUGUUAUUUACGUUAUCAUGUGUGUUUUGCCAUUAUCCUUCCCUCUCUAGAACAAACUGUGCUCUAAGUUCUUACAUCAUUUUAAAAUUUGCCGCGUUCUGUAUUUGUGUGAAGCUAAUAUGAUGUUGUAAUAAUUUCAUGUAGAAUUAAUGUGUAAUAGAAAUAAAUUUCCUCCUUUCAUGCAA